AUGCAGGAACCAACCUACGACUCCAGCCGCCCGAUGCCCUCGCUCGAGAUUUCCUACUCGUACAAGCUGGUCGGCAUCCCGAACAAGACUAUCGUUAGCCUGCGCGUCGAAUUCCCACCCAACGGGUCCACUCCCCCGCAUCGUCACGGGGGCGCGAACGUUGGCGCGUAUGUCUUCAAAGGAACUCUUCUCAACAAAAUGAAUGAAGAUCCAAUGAAAAUCAUCGAAGAGGGCGGAAGCUGGUUUGAAGCGCCGAGGUGCCAUCAUCGCAUCAGCGAUAAUGCUAGCAAGACCGAGCCGGCGACGCUCAUUGCUACCAUGAUCAUCGAUACUGAGGCAUUUGAAAGGGACGGUAUGGGGGCUCUCAUCCAAAUUGACGAGGAGUACCGGAAAUGA